CUCUCUUCUUCCUCCUCCUCUUUUUCUUCCUCCUCCUCCUCUUCUUCGGUCUCCGGCAGCGAUGCGCCUUCCUGGCUCCCCUCCGGGGCUCCUUCUCCUCCUGACGGCGACCCUGGGCUCCUCUUUGGCCCCAGGUGAACUGCUCUUCAAGACCUGGAUGGCUCAGAACAACAAGCAAUACAGCCUGGGAGAGGAAUACCGAGAGCGGCUGCAGAUUUUCCUCCGAAACAAGCACCGGAUUGACAAGCACAAUGCUGGGAACCACACUUUCCAGAUGGGACUGAACCCGUUUUCAGACAUGACCUUUGCUGAGUUCAGGAAGAAGUUCCUCUGGCAGGAGCCCCAGAACUGCUCCGCCACCAAAGGGAACUUUGUCCGCCGCAACGGCCCCUAUCCCAGCGCCAUUGACUGGAGGAAGAAGGGCAACUUUGUGACCCCCGUGAAGAACCAGGGCCCUUGCGGCAGCUGCUGGACCUUCUCCACCACCGGAUGCCUGGAGUCAGCCAUCGCCAUCGCCUCCGGGAAGCUCCUGGAGCUGGCCGAGCAGCAGCUGAUAGAUUGCGCUCAAGCCUUCAACAACCACGGAUGCAACGGGGGCCUCCCCAGCCAGGCCUUUGAAUACAUUCUCUACAACCCGGGGCUCAUGGACGAGGACUCCUACCCUUACCGCGCACAGAAUGGCACCUGCAAGUUCCAGCGAGAGAAGGCCGUUGCCUUUGUCAAAGACGUGGUCAACAUCACGCUGUAUGAUGAGCAGGGCAUGGAGGAAGCCGUGGGGAGAUACAACCCGGUGAGCUUUGCCUUCCAGGUGACAGAGGACUUCAUGCACUACCAGAAGGGCAUCUACUCCAACCGCCAGUGCGAUCAGACUCCGGACAAAGUCAACCACGCUGUGCUGGCCGUGGGAUACGGGGAGGAGGAGGGAAGCAGCCUUCCUUUCUGGAUUGCCAAAAACUCCUGGGGACCCUCCUGGGGCAUGGACGGGUAUUUUUACAUCGAGCGAGGGAAGAACACCUGUGGCCUGGCGGACUGCGCCUCCUUCCCGGUGCCCCUCGUCUGAGCCCGGAUUUCGGGGUGCAAAGAGCCCACGGGCCAGGAAAUGAAGCCGGGCCGGAAGCCCACCUCUCCCAGACUUGGAAGGGACCCCCAAAGGCCAGCCAGCCCACCCCCUUGCUGUGCAGGAUCACACAUUCAAAGCCUUCUUUUCUCAUAGAAUCCUAGAGUUUGCAUCUAUCUAUCUAUCUAUCUAUCUAUCUAUCUAUCUAUCUAUCUAUCUAUCUACCUACCAUCAUAGAAUCCUACAGCUGGAGACCUGUUUGUUUGCAUCUAUCUAUCUAUCUAUCUAUCUAUCUAUCUUUCUUUCUUUCUUUCUUUUCUUUCUUUCUUCUUUCUUUCUUUCUUUCUUAGAAUCGUAUUAUUAGAAGGGACCCCAAGGGCCAUCCAGUCCAACCCCUUUCUGCCGUAAAAGAAGAAAAAAACUCAAGCAUUUGCCAAAGAGGCCUGGUGCCUGACUAAACUACAACUCCCAGGAUCCCAUGGCUGUCAAAGCGGCGUCAAACUGCAUGAACUCUCCAGUGUAGAUGCAACCUGAGACCAAACAUUUCAGGACCUGUCCAAGGUGCUGAACCUGAAAACAGCCUCAGAGCCCGUGAUCUGUUCCUACGAAGCCCAGGCUGCAAUUGGGCGAAUAGCUGCAAGGCUCACAGGGCUAAAUAACCAAGAAAAUUCAUACCUCACAACCUCUGAGGAUGCCUGCCAUAAAUGUGGGCGAAACGUCAGGAGAGAAUACUUCUGGAACAUGGCCACACAGCCCGAAAGACAUACAACCCUGUGAUCCUGGCCAAGAAAGCCUUCGACAAUGAACCAAGAAAAUUGUUACAUAAUUGAAGCUUCAUUUCGGUUUCUUUAUUUAAACAAUCAAAUUAUAUUUUCAUUGAAAUAUG